AUGUGUGCAACAUGCUCUAUCUGGGCGCUGUCAGUUAUUGAUAGCCUUGUUGAAGAUGAAAAGCGCAGAGAGCAGCAGAAACCACAGGAGCUUUUGAAAGAGAUGGAUAAAGCUAACAAACCUGCCCGUCUUCCAGGUGAUGCCUCCAAGGGUGCUGGUCUCUUCAAGACCCGCUGUGCUUCCUGCCACACCCUAGAAGAUGGCGGCGCCAACAAGGUCGGCCCCAACCUUUAUGGCCUCUUCGGGCGCAAGUCCGGCCAGGUCGAGGGUUUCUCCUACACCGACGCCAACAAGCAGAAAGGUGUCACCUGGGACGAAAAUACUCUCUUCGAGUACCUCGAGAACCCAAAGAAGUACAUCCCCGGUACCAAGAUGGCCUUUGGUGGUCUCAAGAAGGCCAAGGACCGCAACGACCUCAUCACCUUCCUCAAAGAGAACACCAAAUAA